AUGGCUAUGGGCUCUAUGUCCAUGGAAGGGCUGCCCCCUCUCAUUGACUUCCCCAAGAUGUACUGGGCAGUGGUGGGCACUGCUAUUGGAGUCGCAACCUUUGUUAACAUGUUUAACCAUAUGCUCUACCGGCACAGGCUGUCUGCUGCAAAAGCUGGAGUACCAAAACCUGCAAAACCAAGGUCACCGUUCCUUUUAGGGGUUGCGACGAUAUUUGCUAUAAUGCGAGAAGCAUCAAAUUUUUCUAUUCGGAUGCCAAUCAAGAAUCGGAUAUUCCGGCUACCUACAGUCGGCCGGACUAGCUUGGUGGUAGCGAACCUUGUUGUAUUGAUUGCAUUGUGCUUCUAUGGGUUCAACCUUAACGACAGGUGGUCCAGAGAAGAUAUUGGAUACCGAACUGGAUUCGUCUCUAUCGGCCAGCUGCCUUUGAUAUUCCUGCUUGCGGGGAAGAACAACGUUGUUGGAUAUCUAUCCGGCAUCAGCCACGAACGUCUUAACUGGCUUCACAGGUGGUGUGCGAGAUGUUUACUCGUGACUGUGACCAUUCAUAUGGGAUACUUUUUUGCCGAUUGGGCCCCGUACAACUACAUUGGAACCCAACUGAAGGAAAACACAUUGGUCUGGAAAGGUGUCGUUGCAUGGGCAAUGCUGGUAUGGAUUGUCUUCAGCUCCAUGACACCGAUCCGGGGCUGGUGCUACGAAGUCUUCGUUUUGCAGCAUCUCGCUUCAUUUGCCGUUCUAAUCGGUUUCAUCUAUAUACAUACGCCGGCCGAGGUUCAUAUCUAUAUAUGGCUGCCUGUUGGGCUAUUCUUCUUCGAUCGCGUGGUUCGAGCAUUGAGAGUUCUUUAUGCGAACAUCUCCUUAUUCCAUCCUAAGCAACGCAAAGCCGGCCAAAUGUCCAGUUUUUGGGCUUGCAAAGCCGAGUUCACACCCCUCCCACACAAGACUACGCGAAUCACUAUUCACAAUCCUCCGAUCAGUUGGACCCCGGGACAACAUGUCUUCCUGUCAUGCCACUCGAUUGUUCCGCUCCAAAGCCAUCCGUUUACCAUAGCUUCAAUACCAGAAGACGGGAAAAUGGAGUUCUUGGUCAAAGCUGAAACCGGGGGCACGAAACGCUUCUUCAGACAUGCCGAGAAGACACAUGGACUCUCCGCCUCAUCGGAAAGAUCCCGUGCUAAAACAGUUGCUAUUGAAGGGCCAUAUGGAUUUAUAAGACCCCUGCGUCAAUUUGACAGCAUUGUGUUAUUAGCAGGUAGUACGGGAGCUACGUUCACUGUUCCAUUACUUCGAGAUGUCUUACAGGGCUGGAAGGACAACGCUGAUCCUACGCAACAACAAUCAUCCUCUUUUUUCAAGACACCAAAGGGUGCAGCCACACGUCACGUUCGCUUCAUUUGGGUUGUAAAAAGCCGAAGCCAACUGGGAUGGUUCUCAGAACAGCUAUCGGCAGUAUGGUCAGACUUUCAAACUGUUCAACAAGCAAGUCGCGACAUCAAGCUUGAAAUGACAGUCUACAUAACCUGCGACGACUCCUUUACGGAAGGACACAAAGCACUUUUAUCUUCCAUUACUGCACCGAACUCAGAUCCGUUGCCAAAGAAGCAACGGGAGCCACAACGCGGUCCCGUCGAACUCCGGGGUCGAACACCAUCCCUGAACGAGAAAGAGAAAGCUCAGGAUUCCAAAGAGGAGGUCAAAGAAGUCACCACUACAUCCCUAUCGCCGCCAGCAAACGCGUGCGGAUCGGAUGGAGCUUGCUGCUGUAGAACGUCUGUCGACGAAGCAGCUUCAGGAGAAAAAAUCUCCCCUUGCUGCUGUUCUCCGAAUGGUCCUUCGAACCCGUCUACGCGCCCACUCUCUCUGACAUCAUCCUCACACUUGUCUGGUCCGAAACAAGAAUCGCUUUUACACCCCUCGAUAUCCAUUGUCUCAGGCCGGCCAAAUCCGAAGACUAUUAUUAGGAGGAGCUUAGAGCAAGCUCUUGGUGAGUCAGCGGUCGUGGUUUGCGGACCGCACGGACUCGUGGCAGAUGUAAAGCAAGAUGUGUGUUCUUUGAGUGAUGAGCGAGCGGUGCACAAAGGAACAGGAGCGCAGGGAAUCUAUCUACAUACGGAGAGCUUCGGGUAUUGA